AUGCCGCCUUCUCAAUUGAAGCAGCUGAAGGCCUCGCUUCGGGAGAGUGGGGUUACUGGUCCCCAGCAAUCCAAGAAGCAAAAGCGCCAGAAUGCAAAGUCCGGAGUUGGGGCGCAGAAUCGAAACCAGCGCAACGCCGCCUUACAAGCCAUUCGUGACCGAUUCAACCCGUUUGAGAUCAAGGCACCGACCAAGCAAAGCAAAUUUGAUGCGACCACCCGCGAUGGUGGCUCGACGACCGCUGGGCGUGUUCGCCCGGGAGUCACCAAGUCACUGGGUGAAGAAAAGCGACGUGCGACGCUCUUAAAAGAGAUCAACAGCCGAAACAAAGUCGGUGGACUUGUUGAUCGCCGGUUCGGUGAAAAUGACCCGACCAUGACACCCGAGGAGCGGGCGGCCGAGCGGUUUGCGAGAGAAAGCCAGAGAAAGAUGCGCAAAGAGUCGAUGUUCAAUCUCGAGGAUGAAGAGGACGAGUUCCAGCUUACACACAUGGGGCAGUCGCUAGAUCUUGAUCAGACAAAUCGAGAUGAUUUCGAGGCGGGCGACUUGGAGGAUCAGGAAUCAGAUGACGAUAUGUCACGAAAACGCAAGCGCUUUAUCGAGGAUGACGGAGAUAUGGAGGACUUGGUUGAUGACGAGGGCGAAGCGAAGCCAGACCGGAAAAAGUCCAAGGCGGAGGUCAUGAAGGAAGUCAUUGCCAAAUCAAAAUUCCACAAGCACGAACGGCAACAAGCGAAGGAGGACGAUGAUGACCUGCGAGAUGAGCUCGACAAGGAGCUCCCUGAUCUUUUCGAGGCUUUGCGGGGAAUUAAGCAACCUCCGAAGCCGGAACCCGCUAAACAGGAUCUGGAAACUAUGAACCCGGAUCGUGCAGCCUUGCUGCAAGAGCCGGAGAAGAAGGAUACCGAAAAGGAAUACGACCAACGACUCAAACAGUUGACAUUUGACAAGCGAUCUAAGCCGACAGAUCGCACAAAGACUGAGGAAGAAAAGGCAGAGGAAGAAGCUGAACGGCUGAAACAACUCGAAGAAGACAGGAUUCGGAGAAUGCGCGGUGAACAGUUGAGCGACGAGGAGGAGGAAGACCAAGGCCAAGAUAAAGGUUCUGAAGAUGAGGAUGAGGAUAUUGACGAUGCCAUGGCUUUCGGGCUUCCAACAAAUUCUGGACAAUCGCGCCUUGAACUUGGUGUGGAGGACGAGGAUGAUUUCAUCAUUGAUGAUGACCUCGUUGAGACUAGGUCAAACGUCAGCCUCUCUCUUGAUGAAAGCGACAUGGAAGAAGAAGAGCUCUCGGAGGAGGAAGAACGAGAGGAACCGGACGAAGAAGACGAACUCAUCAACGGAUUGACGCUGCCAACACACGCUACUGCUGGCGCCGCAUCAACAGCCGUCGAAGUGGAUCAGGCAGCCAACGGAAAGUUGGCAUUCACAUACCCUUGCCCCAACAACCAUGAGAGCUUCCUGGAGACCCUCAAAAAUGUGCCCAUCCAAGAUACCCCGACAGUCAUCCAGCGCAUUCGAGCUUUGCAUCACCCUCGCCUCCACAGUGAUAACAAGGCGAAACUCGGACGUUUUGCCGAAAUCCUCGUUGAGCACGUGUCGUACAUGGCAAAUGAGUCCGAGCAACCUCCGUUUUCCAUCGUGGAGAGCAUACUGCGGCACGUCCACUCGUUGGCCAAGAUGCACCCGGUAAACGUUGCCGCCGCAUUUCGAGCACACCUUCGCAAAAUGUCUCAAGAUCGUCCACUCAGUCUUCUUCCCGGUGACCUCGUCAUUCUGACCGGAAUUUCGACUGUCUUUCCCACAUCAGACCAUUUCCAUGCGGUGGUGACGCCGGCUCAUCUGUGCCUCGCCCGGUACCUGGGUCAAUGCUCUGCGAAUACUCUUGCAGACUUUACAAUAGGUGCCUUCGCCACAAGCCUCUGUCUCCAAUACCAAACCGCCUCGAAGAGAUACAUGCCUGAAUUUAUCAACUACACUCUAAAUGCUCUCUGCAAUCUCGCGCCUACAGAGCCGGCCAGCGAGCUUGGCUUCUUUCCAUCCCGAACUUCGCAGGAUUCCAUUCGUCUUUCGUCAUCCAAGAAGGCCAGCCCGCGCAAGUUGCACUUCCGCGACGUGGUUGCUUCCACCUUGGACCCCCAAGCCGAGGAGGACCUAAAGGUCUCCCUGGUCACCACUUUCGUGUCUCUUCUUGACUCCGCCUCUGACGUCUGGGCAGAGAAAUCUGCUUUCACUGAGAUUUUCAGUCCUGCUCGCGCGGUUCUCCGCCACCUCCGCCAAUGCUUCAAAAGCAAAACCUUCGCAGAGGCCCGAGAUCGCACUCAAUCUACUCUUGACAAGCUCGACGCCCACCUUGCCCGUGCACGUCUCACCCGCCGCCCGCUUUUUCUCCAUGACCACCGCCCUCUGGCCAUCAAGUCCGCCAUUCCCAAGUUCGAGGAGAACUUCAACCCGGACAAGCACUACGACCCGGACCGCGAGCGUGCCGAAUCCAACCGUCUCAAGGCCGAGUACAAGCGCGAGCGCAAAGGUGCCAUGCGCGAGCUUCGCAAGGAUGCCAGUUUUGUUGCGCGCGAGAAGCUCCGCGAGAAGAAGGAGCGCGAUGCAGAGUACGAGAAGAAGUACAAGCGGCUUGUGGCGGAGAUACAGAACGAGGAGGGUCGCGCUGCGAACGAUUACGAAAGGGAGAAGAGGCUGCGCCAAGGGAAGCGGUAA